UCCGAGGUCCGAGUAGCAGAGUCUGGCCGCCUUGUCGCGACGCGACGCGCGAUCCCAUCCCUUCCCAUCCAGCGCGGCUCCAAUCCUGUCGCGGCCAUUAAAAGCUUCCCUCCCCUGCCUCUCUGCUCCGCUCGUCUCUUCUGGAACCGUCCCUCGCUCGUCAUCUUUCCGCCUUCGCUACGCAAUUCCUGUCCACGCUGCGGGCCAGUUGUGACGACCGCGAAGCUCGUCAGAGAAAGAAGAGAGGCCGGCAGGCGGGCGGCGAUCGGAGAUGGCGCCAGAGAAGCCCCGGAAGGAGCAGGAGGAGGAGGAGGAUGAGUUGAUGCUGGAGGAUGGAGGCAUCGAGGAGAGCCCGCGCCGCAGCUUCGAGGACUGCGGUGAUUCCGACGAGGAGGACGAUGACAACGAUGAGGAGCGGGACGGCGACGGCGUCGGUUCGCCGCGCUCCUUCCAGUCCCACAAGUGGCCGCAGAGCUACAGGGAAACAACUGAUACUUACACAAUCGCUGCAUCACCGAGCUUUGGUUACUUGGGCCCUUCUACAAGCAAAUACUCACUCCUCGAUCUUGGUCGUAGCGGUCUGGGUUCUGACCUGAAGUUGCCUCUAUUGUCGGACAAGGCUGACGGAAAGCAAGAUUCUGUCAAAACCCUGCCGAAAACCCUUGGUUCAAUAAGAGAUGAGAGGGUCUCAUUUCAAUUGCAACACACGGGAGAACUCUACAUUACUCAAGGGUGCAAUGUGACGCAAACAGUCUUCAAUGGGAUUAAUGUACUUGCAGGCGUUGGCCUUCUUUCCACCCCGUUUACAAUUCAUGAAGCUGGAUGGACUGGCCUUGCAGUUCUAGUAUGUUUUGCGAUUGUUUGCUGUUAUACUGGGAUUCUUCUGAAACAUUGUUUUGAGAGCAAAGAUGGUAUCUCAAGUUAUCCAGACAUCGGAGAGGCUGCAUUUGGAAGAAUUGGCCGUCUGUUGAUAUCUAUUAUUUUAUAUACCGAGCUAUAUACAUAUUGUGUGGAAUUCAUUAUUUUGGAGGGUGAUAACCUCACAACAAUUUUUCCUAAAGCUGGAAUUGAUUGGUUUGGCAUUCAUGUUGAUGGGAAGCAUUUUUUCGGAGUGUUAACUGCUAUUUUAGUGUUGCCAACAGUAUGGCUGCGAGAUCUUCGAGUGCUCUCUUACCUUUCAGCGGGUGGUGUGAUUGCAACUCUUCUCGUAUUCCUGUCCGUUGGUUUAGUCGGUGCUACCGAUGGUAUAGGCUUCCAUUCAACUGGGAAGGUAGUAAACUGGAGUGGCAUGCCCUUUGCCAUUGGUAUUUAUGGAUUUUGCUACUCUGGGCAUUCAGUAUUUCCAAAUAUCUACCAGUCAAUGUCCGAUCGCUCUAAGUUCCCUAAGGCACUGUUCAUAUGUUUUGCAAUUUGUACAGCUAUGUAUGGAUCUUUUGCUGUCAUUGGCUUUCUCAUGUUUGGAGAGAACACAUUAUCCCAAAUCACUUUAAACCUUCCAAAGCAUUCGAUUGCCUCAAAAGUUGCACUAUGGACCACGGUGAUCAACCCUUUCACCAAAUAUGCCUUGCUGUUAAACCCACUAGCUCGAAGUUUAGAAGAGUUGCGUCCUGAAGGUUUUUUGAACGAAACAUCAUGCUCUAUUAUACUGAGGACUGCCCUUGUUGCGUCAACUGUAUGCAUUGCCUUUCUUCUGCCGUUCUUUGGUCUUGUGAUGGCUCUCAUUGGAUCUCUUCUUAGUAUACUUGUGGCGGUCAUAAUGCCAGCCCUGUGCUUCCUGAAGAUCGCACAAAACAAAGCAACCUGUCCACAGGUGAUCGCGAGCGUCGGUAUCGUAAUACUGGGCGUCGUCAGCGCCGCGCUGGGGACCUACUCGUCCGUGAAAAAGAUCGCAGAAAACUACUAGGCUCUUGGGACAGUUUCUCUCCGCAGAGGCUACUACCACACGGUUCCACGUACGUCCGGCCGGAGCUGGGGAAUGGUCAGGGUUUACGUACACGAUCUCAAAGUUUUGCUAGAACUACCGAAAUUCCCUGUAGAUUAUUACUGUUAUGAUUCGGACCACAAUAGUCUACUUAUACAAACAAAAAAAAAGAACUGCAUCAUCACGUCACUUGGAAUAAUGUAAUCAUGCCCUCCUUUUUUUAGCCGAGGUCCCUACCAUCUCGCUGUACUGUAGCAGGUUGCUGUGCUGGCGACUGUUCCCUAUACAAUAAGGCUCUGCUUUGUGCAAUUGCCAAUUGAGGUAUCUGUA